AUGAACACCGAGUCAACUACUUUCAAUUGUGACACAUCUGAUGAGGAUGUCACAUUGAUUCACAACAGCAGUAGCAGUGGUAGCAGCAGCUGUAUCACAGGUGUUAGAAGCAGGAGUGGCAGUGGAAGUGGAGCUGGAGAUGAUCAGCGACUACUACCAAACAACAAUAGGGAUGCAUUGACACUGUCCAAUUGCAGUUCUACAGCUGCUUCCACUUCGACCUCGACCACGCCUACACUCUCCCCCGCGUUGCCCUUUGACGAGUUACCCCAACUAUCACAGUCCGAGAGCGAUGACCUCGUUCGCAGUCAAUUUGAUAUAAGAAACGUAAAGCCACAUGCGAUUGAUCAAUAUAUGAUACUAUACACAGAUCAGAGCUCAAAACAUGUGGAGAAGAAGGAUCUGUUCAUCAGUAACCUGAGAACAACCAUCAAUUCCACACAAUUCUAUUCGCUCAUCAAGAAGUAUAAGCCAAUCAGCUAUCAGUUCAGAGUUGAUGAGGCCACGGGCAAGUCAUGUGGAUAUGGCUUCGCCUCGUUUAAGACUGAGGAAGAGGCAAAGGUAGCCAAAGUCAGCUUACACAUGUCCAAACUACUACAGAAUGACCUAAGAGUAUACUGGGCAAUACCAAUAAGCACUCUCUACAUCACAAACCUCGAUCCAUCCAUCCCCAAGGACCAGAUACUAAAGGCCUUCUCCGUCUAUGGAGAACUUGAGCCAAAGGAGUGUCUGUUCUUUGACAGAUACGCCUUUAUUCGCUUCCGGGAGCGGCACUGUGCCGAAGCGGCCUUGGCCAAUCUGUCAGCUACCAAUCUUGGCUUUAGGAAGAUCAAGAUCAGCUGGAGCGACUCUUGUGAUCAGAUGACCAGUGUCCACUUGUCAUUCGAUCCUCAACAGGCAAGGCCAGGACUACACAAGCAGAUAUUCACCAAGUGCAAGGAGUUUGGCAAGAUCAAUCACUAUAACAUCCCAAGGAAUGACAAGGACCAGUACGAGGGCUACGGGUUUGUUCACUUUAAGGACAGCAUCAAGGGUGAGCAAGCAAGCGAGCUGGCUAUCGACUUCUUCAACAACAAUGAGUUUCAUGGCAUCAGGAUCAUGUGCACAUUCUCAAAAAAGAAGAUAGGUAUGGCGCCCAUUCGUCUUCCACGACACAGGUCACAGGGUGGUGACCACCAUUCUUCUCCUGCUUUGUCUGCAUCCAGUCCAAUACCUACAUUGCCAGCACUGGGUGAUGUCCAGCCGUCAUACACCUUCACCAACACGUCGAUAUCUACCGCAGGCCCUCCAGUAUUCUUCGAUGCAUCUCCAUUCACUGCUGCGACCGAUUCCAUUAUCUCAAAAGAUGAUGCAAUCUGGCAAAUGAAGAAUCUAUCUGUGACGGCUCCAGAGUAUAAUUCACAACUUGGGCAACAGCAACAACAACAACAUCAUCAACCAUCUCGACAGCAUUCUCUACAACCCAAGCAGCACCAACAGCUUUCAAAGCCAAUAGAUAACUUUGGCUUCAUACAACAACCAUCGACCACGUAUCGAACACUUAACAACAUUACUCCACCACCACCAAAACAGCAACAACAACAACAAAUUUACCAACACCAAAGACAGCAGCAGUCGCAUAAACAGCCUCAGCCGCAACAACACCAUCAACACUCUUUCCAGACAGCCCAACCGCUGUUUGGACAGGAGUAUUCACAGAUAAAUACAUCCCCAACCAAUGUAUUUAGUAAUGAGAUCACAUCAAUUCAGCACAGGUCAUCCCCAAGGAUUGACCUCGGCACCUCCACAACCUCUUCUUCCCCUCGACAGCAACCACCACCACAGCAUCAACAAAGAUAUAGCUAUGUUGGAAAUGACUAUUUACCCGUGCAGCAUCAUCAACAGAAGAACACCCAUAGUGUUGACAACAUUGUCAUUGAUAUCAAUGAGCUACCUUCCUCAUCAUUGCAGUACAUAACAUCAUCACGGGAGGCUCAAGGUGAUGUGUUCUCGUUGAGUUCAUCAUGGUACAUUCCUUCUAAAUCGACCUCUCUUGGUGGAAUAGAUUCGUGGCUGUCUCACUCCUAUGACUCAUUCAUUUCCAACACCGAGACUACAAACAACAACAACAACAACAACAACAACAACAACAACAACAACAAUAAUAAUAACAACAACAAUAACAACGACAACAUUCUUCCAUUCCUAACGUCAGCUUCGCCAUCACCUUCAUCCACACCACCAUGGCAACCUGCCCAGGACGAGUUUUAUCAUGAGCAACACCAACAACAACACCAAGGUCGCCCCAAGCAAAUGACUCAAAUUAGUCACUAUGGCCAACAACAACAACAACAAAGAACGUUCUCUCGGACGUCAAAUAUCACUGUGGGCUCCCCUUCAUCACUCCAUCAGCAUCAACAUCAACAGCAUGGCACGAUUGAUAUGCCCUCGCAUUACUCUAUCAAACCUCCAUCUCAGUAA